AAAGGAUGGACCAAAAUUUUUAGCAGGACGUGUUCUGUAAGUAUAUCGCAAAUCUUCAGGCUCUAAAAUUUCAAAAAAUAUAUCUUGUCCUAUCAGCUCAACAGAUAUUGAAACAUCGACAACAUUUAUCAGAGAAUCUAAAAACAAAUGGUUUAACAUAUUAAUAAAAUGUUUAGGUAUUUAUAUCCUUGGGAAAUCAAUAGCUAAAAGCACCAUUGUACGUCCUAAAUAUGUUUUUUUUCAGUACAAGCUUAAGUUCGAAAUAUGUAAUUUCUAACAGAAGAUAAACUGCAGUAAAUCAAAUUAUUUCAAUCAUUAAGCUGGUCAUUAAAAUUAAGAAUUUGGUUUUUUUUUUAAUUUGUAGUAAUUUUAACAUUAACUCAAUUUUUAUAUUGUUUGUCCUACUUCAAAAAUUUUAAUUUAUAUUAAAAUAAAUCUUCCAAUUGACAUUAGGACACAUAAUGUUAGUCAAAAAAGUGAAAUUAAUAAAAGAGCAGUAAUAAAAUGACUGCACUUUCAAAUUUUAGUUCCAAGUGGAUAAACUCAACACAGGCAAACAGACAGACAGAGUGAGAAAGAGGUAAUAGUCAGUUGGCCUUUUUUUUUAAUUGAACAUGUUUAAACAGAUUAACUGUGAAAUAGCUAGGCACUUGUUGCCAGUUCAAAAUUUGAAAUAGAAUCUUAUAGACAAUUGUGUUUUCCAAGAAUGAGUUAUGACAACCUCAACAUUGCAGAUAUAACAGAUCUUUAUUUCACAAAGCAUAUUUUAUUUGUUGUUAAACAAAUUCUUAUUUAAUUUUAAAGGAUAUUAGAAUUAUAGAGAUUCAAAGGCAUAAAUUUAAAUAAUGUGAAUAUAUAUAUAUAUUUAUAAAAAAUAAAUAAAUUUACAUAUAUAUGAUAAUAAAAUAUUACAAUAUAAAAUUCAACAGUUAUUAAAUAAGGUUGUGUAUAUACAAAAAUAAUGUACAACUUUUGAUUAUUUAAGAAAGUACGAAGAUGGGACAGUAGUUAUUUGAGGUUCAGGUAAGGUGCUUCUUUUGAAACCUACAGAUCUACUAGUUUUCUUUGCCAAAUGCUUAGCAGAGUCGGAUGUUUUUUUCUUAUUUGGUUCACUUGAUUUGGGAGUAUCAUUCUUAAGAUGUUCAGUUGAUACUGGCUCUCUUAAAUCUGUUUGGGGUGACAUUUUACUAAAUGGUGGAGUGUUUUCAACAUCAUCGAGCUGUUUCUGAUAAUCAUGAUUUGUGUUUUCAACAGAUGAUGAUGUUUUGACAGAAAAUGGAAUGGUAUUACACAUAUUGACUUCACCAUUUCUAAACUGAGGAAAAGGAGUGGAAGUCGGGCCAGAGAUUAGACCAUUCUGAAGAGUGGCACAAGUAGGGCUAUUUACUAAUUUACUCUGCUCUGAAAGCCUUCGAUUUAACCAAUCAAUAAUUCUCUCAUUUUCUUUUAUUUUCUUAUCUUUCACAUUAAUGGUUGAAUUCAAAUCACGAAGAGAAGAUUUUAAUGACUUUUCUGUCUCUAAAAGAGAUUGUAUCUUUUUCUCUUGAGAAAUAAUUGAUUCUUCAAGCUUAGUUAUUUUCUUUUGACUGGUCUCAACUACUUUUUCUUGUUCUAAUGCAAUGACAGUACGAACUUUUAAUUUCUGAUUAAUUAAACUUAAUUCUUUCUGAAUUUUUGUUAUGAUUUCAUUUGCUUUAACUAGUUCAUCUGAAAGAUUUUGGAUUGUUGUCUGUUUGCGCUGGAUAUUUUUUUCCUUUUCAUUAAUAACCUCCUCAAGUCGAUUUUUCUGUUCAUUUGCAGAAUUUAAUAGUUCUUUUUGUUUAUUCAAUAUGACACCCAUAUCUUUUGAUUCUUGUUCAGCCACUGCUAGUUUUGUCUUCAAAUUAUGAACUUGCCUAUCUUUAUCGUGAUAAUCACUGUCCAACUUGGCGUUCUGUUUUCUUAAUGACAUUAUAUCUCCCCGAAAGGCAGAAACUUCUUUUUCAAGACUAUCUAUUCGUCUUGCUUGUUCAACAAGAGUAGAGUCAGCAAGAGUACGUUUUUCUUGCAAAAUUUGAUUCUCAAUGCGCAAUCUAGAUAAUUCUGAUUCUUUCUCUUUGAGAUUUGUUUGGUAUUUAUCUUCCAAUUCAUUUCUUUCCCUCUGCGAUUUAAUCUGCCAUUCCAAUUGUGCUUUCCUCAUUUUUUCAGUUUCUUCAGUGAGUUCUUUAGUGCUCUCUGCUUUAAAAGCUAAUCUUUCUUCUUUCCAUUUAUGUUUGAUUUCCUGUAACUCAUGCUCUUUACUUUGCAAACACUUAUUUUUAGCAAAUAAUUGGGAUUCCAGAUCACUGAUGCAUCUUUCAGCCUUUACAUUUUUAUCUUUUAAAACUUCAAUCUUUUUUAACAUUAACUUCUUGAUAUCAUUAUCAUUACCAGCUUCAAUAUACAGAACCAAAUGACAAAGGUGUUUAAAAUUGUUAGUUUCAACAAUUUUUAAUGACGUUUGAUGAAAAUCCCCUCCAUUUUUCUUGUCUUCUUCAAGCAGAAGAAGAAACUUCGAGUCAUUUGAUUCUUGUUCUUUACAUUGUUCAAGAAGUCUGAUAACUUGAGUGGGAAAACUAUCAAAAUCUACUAAAAGCCCUUGGAGUUGUUUCAGUCUUUGAUAGUUCUCCUCAGUCAAAACAAGGGAAUAAUAAUAAAACGGAUCUUCAUCAUCACUAACUUGUAUACUUAAAACUUGUUUUGAAACUUUACUCUGAUUUUUUAUAAAAUCAACUGUAACACGGAGGUGUUUAAUUUUUUCUUCACUCUGAACGUUUCUUAUGAAGAACUUCUGAAUGCUAGAAUAUAACGGUUCACCGCGUGAAACGUCUAAAUUAUCAAGCACCAUUUUAACACUUUUAUCCACAUUACAUGCAACACAAAAGGAGUACUUCACUGAAGGUCAAAAUUACUAACUAAAGAGAAAAGAACUAUUCAAUAUCAACCACAUGUUAUCAACAGAUAAAUAAACAAAUCAAAUCCAAACAUGGGUAAGCUAGGUGUAUUCUAACCUCAAUUCAACUUACCGACUUGUUUUAGAUUAAUUCCAAAACACAAAAAAUGGAGUAUUGCGAAGUCCAGGAAGCUAAACCCCAUUUAAAAUUCUUUAAAUAAAAACAAAGACUCAUAUUCAAAUGAAUCCUAAUCCAUCACAUGAUUCGUAUUGUCCUGUUGACAACUGAUAGCAAACAAGUAUCCUACUAUAAUUUUCGAUUCUUCGAUUCUUAAUCGCUUUUGUCCAUAUCAUAAAAUUCUAUAGAAAUUAAAGUUCACUUUCUACAAUAUAUUUAUUAUUUAGCAGAGAAAAUCACUGUUUAAUAAUACUGACAGCACUCUCUGUAAAACAAAACAUGUAUUAUCAUUAAAAACGAUAAGUUGGUAAUUGUCGUCUCCUAAGUGAUGAAAUAACAGUUUACAUCUAUACAAUCAGCUAAUUUACAUCGGAAAAUGGUACGUACAUCAAUUUAACUUUCAGUUUUAAAAAGAUUAUGGGCACAUAUCAUAAUAAAACUCAAACGUCAAAGUUCCUUGUAGUAAUAAAACCGGAAAUGUCGAUGAAGUAUUCUUUUUAAAGAAAACCACAUGCAUUGAUUGCCAUAUUGAUGUACAAAAUUACUUAUAUGAUUACUUCUUAAUCACUUGCAUUUAUUUUAACUUAAGGGACAGAAAAAGAAAGGAGGUAAGAGUAGCAAAGGAGGAAAGGGGACAGGAGGUGUAGUUGAUGGAGUACCAAUGGCAGAUAUGAGUAGAGAACAAUUGGAAAAAUUCACGUUGAGGAUAAAAGAUGAACUCGAAAGGGAAAGAGAAGAAAGAAAUUUCUUCCAACUGGAGAGGGAUAAACUAAGAACAUUUUGGGAAAUAACGCGUCAACAACAAGAUGAAAGCAAAGCUGAAAUUAGAAAUAAAGAAAGGGAAUUGGAAGAAGCAGAUGAGAAGCAUGAAGCUGAAAUCAAAGCAUUUAAUGAAAAAAUAAAACAUUUAAUUUAUGAGCAUCAGUGUAAGCUAACUGAAAUUAAGGCAGAAAACAUGGUAGCACUGAAAAUAGCCCAAGAAGAAUAUCAUAAACAAGAAGCAAUCCUUAUUCAAGAAAAAGAAGAGUUGAAAAAACAAAUAGUUGAAGAAAAAUUGUCACAUGAAGAAGAAUUGAGAAAAGUUUUGCAGAAACAUGGUGAAGAACUAUUUGGUAUUAGAGAUGAAUUUAUGAAAAAAAUAGAGGAGAUGUCAAUAAAGGCAGAGAAGAGAUUACAAAAAAUAAAAACCUAUUAUGAAACAAAAAAUAAAAUGGAAAUCACACAAAUAGUUGAAAACAAAAAUGAUGUCAUUCAUAAGUUAGAAGAAAACCAUGUGAAAGAUUUAGCGGAAAUGAAAAUUUACUAUAAGGAAAUAACAGAUAACAAUUUAGCUUUAAUAUCAGAUAUGAAAGAGGAACUGAUAGAAUUAAAACAAGAAAAUGGAAAAAUGAAAAAUUUGAUAGCAAAAUUAAAGAUGGAAAAUAACACAUUAGUAAAGCCUUUAGAAAAUGCAAAAGAACGCACACGAUUUCUUGAAAAGCAAUUAGAAGACUAUAAGAAAAAUAAAUCAUCUUUGUUUCAGGGAUACCCAGAACGGAGUUUUAUGGAACAAGCUGCACCAUCAAAAUUUUUGAGAGGGGCAAAUUUCGACGGUAUAUGAAUUUUCGGACUAAGGGAUGAGGGGAAAAACAUAGAAAAUACCACAGCAAGUAUAAUUGAAAUGCACCGGAGGUUUUCUACCCUUCAGAAAGAUUUUGAUGAAAUCUCAACAAAGAAAGAUGUGUCAGAAAUGGAAAUUGAAAAGUUGGAGUUUGAAAAAGAUGAGAUGAAGGCUCAUUACUCAACACUUAUUUUGAAUAUUCAGAAGAAAAAUGCAUUGAGAGUUAAUGUUUUGGAAAAGAAAAUUUCAGUUUUAGAAUCCGAAUUGGAAAGGAAAGAAAUUCAAGUAGCCCAACUAAUUCAUAAAACAAAUGUUGAUCCAAAAACAAUAAUCCACGCUGCUAAUAAGCUCCAGGUGAUUGUCUUAAGUGAAAACAUAAAAAGAUUUUUUAAAAACAACAUUUUUCAUAUUUUAUUUUAUAUCAUAGCUAUAUUAUAAUUUUA